UUUUGCUGCAGACAGGUCCUCGCUGCCGUUAGAGCUGGACGCGUCCACAGCUAGUGUCUACAACUGGCCCCGGCAUUUCUGAGUACCAGCCAGCAACUGCAAGGGCAACCGCAUGCCUUUUACUAAAAAGAAACAGUUCCCUUGAACCUUUCAUCCUGGGGUCACUGCGGGGCUUGAGGCGCUCACUGAUUCCGAAUUAGAAGCUUAAGGAUCUGAAACAUUAAUCUGACAAGAGGAGCAUUGCCGACUUUCUUCCCGGACAGACCCGAAGCUGUAAGACAGAUAGAUAGCUUCUGCUUUUCUUUCAGGCUGAUUUGCCUGGCUGGGAAUUUUUGCACGGAGAAAGGAGGCAGCUUUUGCUACAACCAGCAUCCCUCCUUGUUGUGAACGACUGGAGCUAACGUUGCAUGUCGACCUAAGGGACACUGACAAGCUCUCUGUGGGCUUGCAAUCGUCUCUGCCCCUUGCCCUUUGCCGGAUUUAACAGCACUUUCCUUCCCUUCAACGCACUAAAAACGAAGCGUUUAGUGGGACUUCAUCCCGGGACGGGCGUUCCUGGCACCUUACUCCACGCACCACUUGACUGACCCUGAGGAUGCUGCUGGUUCUGUGCUUGUGAAUGUUGAUAUUACUAUUAUUGUAUGUACUACAUUACCGGACUUCUACUAUCGGAGGCUGACCUUCCUCUGCUAUCAGCUCUGCACCCUGAUCCCCGGAGGUGAUGCUGAGGAAAGGCAGGAGCUGCAUCAAGCAACAGGACCAUCAAAAAAAGGUGCAGCUCUAACUCAAGCUGCUUGCUAGUAGCCUUGGGUUCGAGACUUGGGGAAAGUGACUAUAUUGUUGGAGAGGUACUGGGAAUACAGGACUAGCCGUCUCCAGGCAGGAGUUGUACAGUGAACUUGGUGCAAAGAGGUGAGAACUGGAAACUUGGAACUGCAAAGUAAAGUGGGAGUCUCAAACUAGGGAACACACACUGUAGAGGUCCGUAACUGGACCCUCGGAAUGCAUACUGACCUCUGCCCGUCUUUUGCUAUCCUACAAGAGGACGAGAGGAUCGGUGCUAACGGGGUCAUUCACCAGCCAUCUGGACAACACUCGCUGCAGACAAUUUAUCUUGCGAAGCUUCGCGAACUACAUUGAAUGAGAAUAUCUGCACAGGCUAUAAGGGAAGGGGCAAGCGAGAAGGGAGGAAGGACACUUAUUCCAGUGUGAGUUCGGGUUCUCAGGACCGUAUUUUCACCCUCCUCUUCACCGUCUUCACCACCAGCACCAGCGUCCUCCUAAUACAGCUAAAUCUGUACGACCCCGAUGGAUCUUCCUUGCCUUUGCAGGGUGAUAUUACCUACUAGUCCGGGACCCCGGUUUUCCAAGAGGAGCUAUCUGGUGACAAACAAAUAGAGGCAAAACCCCAUCAGGUGCAGCAGCCCGCCCGUUCGGAGGGAGAGGAGAGGGACCCCCUUGCAGCAGUGCUGUCAUGUCUCCCGCGCUGCCCGCCUGCACCUGCCUAUGUUUGCAUCUACUGCUGCUGCCCCUGCACUUCACGGUGUUUGCUGCUGACGAGAAUGUUGAUUUCCGGAUACAUGUGGAAAACCAGACUAGAGGCCGGGAUGACGUAAGUCGCAAACAGUUACGUCUAUAUCAGCUGUACAGCAGAACAAGUGGGAAACACGUACAGGUGGUGGGGAAGCGUAUCAGUGCCAAGGGAGAGGACGGAGAUAAAUUUGCCCAGCUCAUAGUGGAAACAGACACGUUUGGCAGCCAAGUACGGAUCAAAGGGAAGGAGACAGACUAUUACCUCUGCAUGAGCCGGAAAGGCAAGCUCGUGGGCAAGCCUGACGGUACAAACAAAGAAUGUGUUUUCAUCGAAAAAGUCCUAGAAAACAACUACACAGCAUUAAUGUCAGCAAAAUACCCUGGCUGGUAUGUUGGGUUCACAAAGAAAGGACGACCGAGAAAAGGUCCAAAAACACAAGAAAACCAGCAGGAUGUACAUUUUAUGAAACGUUAUCCAAAAGGCCCCACAGAACUACAAAAGCCUUUCAGAUACACAACUGUAACUAGGAGGACUAAGAGAGUUCGACCCACAAAAGCCCACCUAACGCAGUGACCUGGAAAAUAAGUGACGCAGGUGAACCAGAGGAAUAUUUUUACAUAAAAAAAUUAGGAAAGAUGUUCUAUUUUUGUACUGUGCAUUUAAAACUUAAGUGAGAACUUCUUGGGGACACUGGAGGGAUUUGUUGUGACCUGACGAAUUGUGAUAAAUGGAUUUCCUACAAACCUGUGAUUUUGAAAGCCGUCAAGUUAACAAAAUGUCCUCAGGAAAAGAAUUACCAAAGAAACCCAAAACAUGAAGUGAAAGGAAGGAGUUCUUCUUUUUAAAGGUGGACCAACCAACUCCAGCUUGCAGUAUUGCAUUUUAGCUGCAAGGUGAAGAUAGACUGUGACCUCAGGGCCUGUGGAGGCGGCUUCGGCCCUUCUGUCAUUUCCUUGAGACAGUGUUCUUUCUCCUGACAUAAGGUAGUCACCGCUGGGUACUCCUGAAUCCUUUGUACUCUCUGCUGCUAAUCCUCCCAGUGAACUGAAGAACUUGUACACAAUGACAAGGGACUGUUUUUAAAACCAGCGAGAUACUAACAAAGAGUAAAACCUUUAUUUAUUUCACCUCUCUCUGUAUAUUGCAGUUCCUCAAACAAGUAUUACUGCCUCAUUAAUUA